AUGGCAACAUCUCAAUUUCUCCGUUCUUCUGAAUCAGACACACCCUAUGGCCAACUCCCUUCGUACUGUCGCGUAAAGCCGCAAACAUGUAAAAUUGACAUUCCCGCUCCGGAAAUCGCAGAAAUCCGGAAUCUCGUCCAGAAGGCCAGACUCGGUCCUACGACAUUCGAGAACUCACAAGCUCAAACCAAUACAGAAUUUGGGCUGACGCAGUCAUGGAUGAACGAGGCCGUGAAGACAUGGACAUCUGAAACUGCUUUUAAUUGGCAAAAAAUACAAGACAACAUCAACAGCAUCCCCCACUUCACCAGUCUAGUAGAGCACAACGGUCAUUCAUUCUCCAUCCACUACAUGGCCCUCUGGUCUAAACGGGCCGAUGCAACACCCUUGGUAUGCAUCCACGGCUGGCCCGGGUGUUUUCUUGAGUAUCUCUCAGUCGCAAAAUUGCUACAAUCAAAAUAUACUCCCGAAACACUGCCGUAUCAUUUUAUUGUGCCAUCAUUACCAGGGUAUACAUUCUCGUCCGGACCUCCUGUGGACGGAGCAGACUUUUCUACCUACGACGUCAGCUGCAUAUUCCGAAAACUGUUCAAUGAUCAGCUAGGAUUUGAGAGUUAUAUGGUCGCCGGCGGCGAUAUAGGAAGUCGCAUCUGUCGAGCCCUUGCAGCAGAUGACGAGCAUUGUAUUGGGAUUCAUCUGACAUUCUGCUUCGACUUCGACAUGCGCAAUUUUCCCCGCGAAGGUCUGACGGACAGUGAACUCCAAGAUAUAAACACAAUCAAUGAGUUCAUCCGCACCGGAGCUGGUUACGCACAAAUGCACGCUACUAGAGCAUCUACCAUAGGCUUCGUGCUCAGCUCCAGCCCCGUAGCCCUCCUGGCCUGGAUUGCCGAAAAGUUUCUAGAAUGGACCGACAUCACCCCCGAUAAUGAAACGAUCUUGACGUUCGUGACACUGUACUGGGUCACGGAUACAUUCCCGCGAAGCAUAUAUCCGUACAGACAUGAUUUUGCACCGAAUGAGAAUGUGCCGUGUCAUGGAGACGCGGCUAGGUGGCUUGUUCCACGCACCAAGGUGUUCGGGUUUAGUCAUUUUCCGAAGGAGCUUUUACCAGUUCCUAGAGCUUGGGUGGAGAGGACGGGGGCUGCUGGUAAGGUGACGUUUUGGAGAAAACAUGAUCAGGGAGGGCAUUUUGCGAGUGUCGAAAUUCCGGGGCCAUUUUUAGAGGAUUUGGAGGCUUUUGUGAAGCAUGCUAAGCAGUUGUAA